UUCUGUUUUUCCUUCCUUCUUUCCCUUCUUUCUUUCUUCCGUCCUUUCUUUCUUUCUCGUUCCCUCUUUCCUCUCCUUCUCAAGAUGGUGCAGAAGAAAACCGAGCUCCAGGGCUUCCAUCGUUCCUUCAAGGGCCAGAAUCCCUUUGAACUGGAAUUCUCCCAAUCGAACCACCUGCAGUCCGUCUUUGACUUUGAAUGUCCCUCUCGGCCCGCCAUGCCCGCCAGCGACCCCAUCGACAUCCCCGACGCCAAGAAGCGGAACAAGAAGAAGAAGCGCUGCCGGGCCACAGACAGCUUUUCAGGGAGGUUCGAAGACGUCUACCAGCUGCAAGAAGAAGUCCUUGGCGAAGGGGCCCACGCCAAAGUCCAGGCCUGUAUGAACCUCAUCACCAACAAAGAGUACGCUGUCAAGAUCAUCGAGAAGCGUCUGGGCCACAUCCGGAGCCGGGUCUUCCGAGAAGUGGAGAUGUUAUAUCAGUGCCAAGGACACCGGAACAUCUUGGAGCUGAUCGAGUUCUUCGAAGAGGAGGACCGCUUCUACCUCGUGUUUGAGAAGAUGAGAGGAGGCUCCAUCUUGACGCACAUCCAUCGCCGGCGCCAUUUCAAUGAACUGGAGGCCAGUGGGGUGGUGCGAGACAUCGCCAGCGCCCUGCAUUUCCUGCACAACAAAGGUAAGCGGACCGGACUUUGUCGCCCUCCGUAUUUCCCUCCUUUCGCCCUCCGUGUUGUCACAUUCUGCCUUUUUUUCCUCCUCUCGUCAGGAAUCGCGCACCGAGAUCUGAAACCGGAAAAUAUUCUCUGUGAGAGUCCCAGUCAGGUUUCCCCGGUGAAGAUCUGCGACUUCGACUUGGGGAGCGGGAUCCAGCUCAACGGGGACUGCUCCCCCAUCUCCACCCCGGAGCUGCUCACCCCGUGUGGCUCGGCGGAGUACAUGGCCCCGGAGGUGGUGGAGGCCUUCAGCGAGGAGGCCUCCAUCUACGACAAGCGCUGCGAUCUCUGGAGCCUGGGGGUCAUCCUCUACAUCCUGCUCAGCGGGUACCCGCCCUUCGUGGGCCACUGUGGCACCGACUGCGGGUGGGACCGAGGAGAGGCCUGCCCCGCCUGCCAGAACACCUUGUUCGAGAGCAUCCAGGAAGGGAAGUACGAAUUCCCGGACAAGGACUGGGGCCACAUCUCCUUCGGGGCCAAAGAUCUCAUCUCGAAGCUCCUGGUCCGAGAUGCCAAGAAGCGCCUGAGCGCCAGCGAAGUUCUCAAACACCCCUGGGUGCAAGGGUGUGCUCCAGAUAACACCCUUCCAACUCCAAUCAUCCUGCAAAGGAAGAGCAGUGCCAAAGAGCUGACCUCCUUCGCGGCGGAGGCCAUGGCCGUCAACCGGCAGCUGAUGCAGGACGACGAGGCGGCUGCGGAGGAGGCGGCCGCCUUCCCCCCCAUCAUCAUCAAGGCUACCUCACGCUCCAUGCAGCUCUCCCCGCCGUCCGAGUCCAAGCUGGCCAAGCGGCGACAGAAGGCGGCGGCGUCGAGGGCGGCCUCGAGAGCGGAGCCCCACCAGCACCUGGUCUCCCCCUUGGUCCUGGUGGGCGAUCUCCUGUGACCCUCCUUCCUCGCUCCUUUAUUUUUCCUUGGGAGGAAGCAGAUCCGAGCGGGCAGGUUUCCAAGGUUCCGUCUUGUUGUAAACACUGGCUUAUUCUUUCCCUUUCCUUUUUUUCUUAUUUUGUAAAUUUUUCCACAUGUAAGCUACAGAGUUUUACUUUGAAACAAAGAGAACCGAAUUUAAACGGGAUUACUUUUUUUUUUUACGCUUCUCUCGAAAUCAACCAAAGCUUUGUCGGAAGGAAGGUUUAAAACUCGGGAUGGGCAACGUGCGGACGGCAGGAGGAUGGGUUCGGUUUUCCGCGGACCCCGGAUUCAAAAGUGUGAAAUUGCAUCAAAAUUUGCAAUCGUAUAUUUGCGUUCGGGGUCACGGCGAUCCCACAAAACUUUCCUACGCCGUUUUGGCAAUUGCAACUUUCAUCUACUUUUUGUCUUUUGGUAAACAGGAAGUGGUGUCUGUUUACUUUCAGUCGAGAUUUUUUUUCGAAAGGCGUUGCUGCCCUCUAGUGGAAAUUUUGGGGUGUUAUGUAUUUGCAAUGGGUUGCUGUGAGUUUUCCGGGCUGUCUUGGCCAUGUUCCGGAAGCAUUCUCUCCCGACGUUUUGCCUACAUCUAUAGCAGGCAACACAUCUCACAAUCUCUGCUAUAGAUGUGGGCAAACGUCAGGAGAGAAUGCUUCUGGAAAAUUGACAGCAACCCAGUGAUUCCAGCCAUGAAAGCUUUCGACAAUGCAAAUCCUCUCGCCGCCACAUUUGCCCAUGCCUGGUUUAAAUCAUGAUCGAUUCUGUGCUGUGAAAAAGUGGGACAUCACUCAAUGCUAAUAUUCGUGUCUAAUUUUCUUUUUUCUUGUUGAUUUCUCUCCUUUGUGUUUAUACCUGCUUGUACCUGACCGUUGUCGUUCCUCGAGGGCUUCCCAGGAGGGUCAUUUUGACCACGUUUUUCUACCCGUUUUCUGUUUUUCUUUGCUCUCCCGAAAUGACGACGACGGGAGCCCUCUCCGCACUGCAUAGUUAUAGCGCUAUAGAUCCACUUUAACUGCCAGGACGGUCGUGAGAAUUAGCAUCGUAAUGCUUCUCUGGACGACAAAUCCGUAAUCAGCUGCCGGAAAGUGGUUUCGUACCGUUAUAAUCGUGCUGUGCGGAAGGGUCGCAAUGAGUGUUCAGAAUCACGGCGAUCCCACAAAGCUCUCGGUUUUCUCUAAAAUUGGAAUGCCAAAAAUGUGGGGUGUCGGAUGUUGAAUCAUUGUGAAGGCUGUCAUUCUCCCACUGUUUAAUUUUCGGGUUCACCAUUACGAGCACUUUUUGUUUUUUGGGGAUCUGUGAAAGCCGAUCAGGCGCGAGAAUCCCAUUCUUCCAUCCUUGGGUCUUAAAACGGGGACAUCGAGGAGUGCGUUUCGUCUCAGCGGGGUCCGGUCUUGAUUUAAAUAAAACGCACUUUUGCAAUACAAGUAUUUGCUCAGGGGUAUCCCUUCCAGAUGUUGUCAGACGAUUCGCUCCCAACACGUUGCCUAAGGAGCGUCGGGACCCGACAACGUGCGCCGUUUCAAAUAAGAUUCCUUGCGUUUUCCACGAGAUGAUAUUCUCUGAAUAUCAGUUUGGUGGAGUUGCGGGUUUGCAGAGUAGUCGGAAAUUCUUUCGAGGUGAUGCGAAGGCUAGUUCCGUUGCACGUUGGGUGACUAGUUUCGGACACGGAGAACCCGGGCUCGUUUCUCCAGAAAUUUGAGAACCGGGUUCUGGUACAGUUUCUCCUUUUAAGUGCUUUAUUAUUUUGUGUGCGCAAAAGCUACGAAGCCAAGCAUCUCUCUCUGUGCUUUCUCUAGGGCAGUGAUUCCCAAAGUGGGCGCUACUGCCCCCUAGUGGGUGCUGCAGUGAUUUAGGGGGGCGGUGAUGGCACCUAUUAGGACAUGGGUGGGGCCAGGGGAGGGGCGGGGCCUUCUUCCAAGAGCCUGAGAUAGGGCUGAGCCUCUAUACCUCUCCUGAGAGGCCUUUUAGGCUAGGGGCGGGGCCUUCUUCCAAGAGCCUGAGAUAGGGCUGAGCCUCUAUACCUCUCCUGAGAGGCCUUUUAGGCUAGGGGCGGGGCCUUCUUCCAAGAGCCUGAGAUAGGGCUGAGCCUCUAUACCUCUCCUGAGAGGCCUUUUAGGCUAGGGGCAGGGCCUUCUUCCAAGAGCCUAAGAUAGGGCUGAGCCUCUAUACCUCUCCUGAGAGGCCUUUUAGGCUAGGGGCAGGGCCUUCUUCCAAGAGCCUGAGAUAGGGCUGAGCCUCUAUACCUCUCUUGAGAGGCCUUUUAGGCUACGGGUGGGGCCUUCUUCCAAGAGCCUGAGAUAGGGCUGAGCCUCUAUACCUCUCCUGAGAGGCCUUUUAGGCUAGGGGUGGGGCCUUCUUCCAAGAGCCUGAGAUAGGGCUGAGCCUCUAUACCUCUCCUGAGAGGCCUUUUAGGCUAGGGGUGAGGCCUUCUUCCAAGAGCCUGAGAUAGAGCUGAGCCUCUAUACCUCUCCUGAGAGGCCUUUUAGGACUAAAGGGCGGGGACAGGGCUGAGCCUCUAUACCUCUCCUGAGAGGCCUUUUAGGCUGGGGCGGGGCCUCUUCCCAAGAGUGUGAGACAGGGCUGAGCCUCUAUAUACCUCCCCUGAGAACAGGGGAGCGGGGUAUACAGGUUCAGCCCCAUCAGGCACUUGGGAAGAGGCCCCGCCCCCUCCUCUAGCCCCACCCCCUGUGUCUUGGAAGGCACUGCAGGACAGGGAUAGAAGCUCAGCCCUAUCUCAGAGCUCGUAACUCUGCCCAUCCCAGUUCUGGCCCCGCCCACCUCCCCCUCCCAGCCCUGCACUUGGACUAGGGGAGAGGCUCAGCCCCGCCCCCUUGAGCAGGAGCCACGCCCACCCCUCUAAGCCACGCCCCCUUUCCAGGGGGGGGGGGGGCGGUAGGCCAAAUAAGUUUGGGAACCACUGCUCUAGAGUAAGUUUCCCCCAGAGCCUGCCUGUGUAGCAUUGCAAAUCUAAGGCGUCCCGGCAUUGAUCCGGGAAUCUUCCCGCAUUUCUUGGGCUUCCCUUUGGAGACGAUAAAUGGGUUUAGGACACAACUUUCCAACUCGAGGUGCUUUCCUAUAAAUGCACGAAAUGUGAAAUUAGCUUCACUGAGAGUGCAACUCUUCCUGCACAUUGAAGAACCCACAGAAUGUGCUUCACUCAAGAGUGGAAAUCGGCAUCCUAAGAUCCUAUUUUAAUCCUAGGAUUUGCUCUUUAGGAGUUCGUCUGGCUUUCUGUUCCUCUUUGCCCAUCUUGGAUUCCUGUGUCUUUGGUGAUUCUGAGAACCCUUCCUUUUUGCUGAAGAGACAUACUAUGCAAUAGGUGUUUGGAGCAGGCCACAUCACCGAAAAAAGGGUCUUUUUUUGGUGUGUCGGGUGUAUAAUCUGUUUUGUGAUCAGAUAUAGAUUGUAGUGUUAUGCGGGAAAAAAAUACUUGAACUAAAUAGUGAGGCGUGGAUGCCUCUCUGUCAGGGAAGCCCUCGUAAGGAAGCAGGUUGGUUUCGUUUUUAUUUUUUGGCCGAGAAGUAAUGGCGUCGGAGGCCAUCUGCUUCCCAAUCCUAUUAGCAGAAAGCUUGGGGAGAGUUGUUGGAAAAAUAGAGAUAGAAAGGAUUAGCUUCUGGUCUCCAUUUGUCUGUAUGCUGUGCUCAGACGUAACCGCAAGAGGGUUCUAUAGAUCGAAAAGGAUUAGCUCCUGGCUUCUCGAUCGGUAUGGAUCCAGUGCUCAGUAUAGAGAUAGAAAGGAUUAGCUUCUGGUGUCCAGUUGUCUGUAUGCUGUGCUCAGACGUAACCGCAAGAGGGUUCUAUAGAUCGAAAAGGAUUAGCUCCUGGCCUCUCGAUCGGUAUGGAUGCAGUGCUCAGUAUAGAUAUAGAAAGGAUUAGCUUCUGGUCUCCAGUUGUCUGUAUGCAGAGCUCAGAGGCAACCACAAGAGGGUUCUAUAGAUAGAAAGGAUUCGCUCCUGGUCUCUCGGUCUGUAUGGAUCCAGUGCUCAAUAUAGAGACAGAAAGGAUUAGCUCCUAAUCUAUCGGUAUGGAUGCAGUGCUCAGUACAGAGACAGAAAGGAUUAGCUCCUGGCAUCUCGAUUGGUAUGGAUGCAGUGCUCAGUAUAGAGAUAGAAAGGAUUAGCUCCUGGCCUCUCAAUCGGUAUGGAUGCAGUGUUCAGUAAAGAUAUAGAAAGGAUUGGCUUCUGGUCUCCAGUUGACUAUAUGCAGGGCUCAGAGGCAACCACAAGAGGGCAGUCUAUAGAUACAAAGGAUUAGCUACUGGCCUCUUGGUCUGUAUGGAUGCAGUGCUGCGUAAAGAGAUUGAAAGGAUUAGAUCCUAGCCUCUCAAAUCGGUAUAGAUGCAGUGCUCAGUAUAGAUAUAGAAAGGAUCAGCUUCUGGUCUCCAGUUGUCUGUAUGCAGGGCUCAGAGGCAACCACAAAAGGGCAGUCUAUAGAUAGAAAGGAUUAGCUACUGGCCUCUUGGUCUGUAUGGAUCCAGUGCUCAAUAUAGAGACAGAAAGGAUUAGCUCCUGGCCUCUCGAAUCGGUAUAGAUGGAGUGCUUAGUAAAGAGAUAGAAAGGAUUAGCUCCUGGCCUCUCGAUUGUUAUGGAUGCAGUGCUCCAUAUAGCGAUAGAAAGGAUUAGCUCCUGGCCUCAAUCGGUAUGGAUGCAGUGCUCAGUAGAGAUAGAAAGGAUUAGCUUCUGGAAGGAAAGUGGCAUCCUCUAGAAAAGCUACGGUAUGGAAGUUUGUAGGUUUAGGAUCUGAUUCGGAAUGAUUUUGAAGUCAUAAUGACAGCAGUUCGAAUUCAGCGAAGAACGUCCGCGAUAUGUGGCCAAAGGUUGUUGCAGGAUUUCCUUGUCUCUCGUUGUCUUUGCGGCCAUAGUUUUGGAGAAAAGGGAUGCGGUUUGUGACAUAUAGACACAUCACUUCUUUUUGUUUUCAAUUGGCGUGAAGCGCUUCGCCUGUUUCCGGUCUUCCUUCCCGGAGAAGGGUUCGUCUCAGGAUUAUUUCACGACGGGCGCCCAGUGCUUUCUAGAUCGACAAAUAAAAAGGCCUUAGAGUCGAAGUAAAGUUGUGCCGGGACUACAAUGAAUGUGGCUUCGAAUAAAACAGUAUAUUCUUAAUUUUCAGAUCCUGUGUAGAAAAAUGUCCCGAUUUCGCCUCUUGUUUAGACCGAACAAACGAGGAUUUUCGGGACCUAAACGUCCUUGCACUACACGUCCCAGCGUCCCCGGUAGUCCAAAAAUGUAGCUUUUUUCUAUGAUCAGAAUCUCCUUCUUUGUGUUGAGAAAACAGCCUCGCAAAUCCCAUUGAAAGCAAUGCGAUUGUCCGACCUUCUUUCCAUGUCCUUUGCUUUCGAAACCCUCGAUUUGCAGUAUUUCGCCUUAUAUAUAUUCCCAGGACGUGAAUCCCAAGACAUUGCCUGAAUUUCUUUCCUUUUGUCGGUAUAGAUAGAAAGGAUUAGCUGCCGACCUCUAUAGAGAUUAAACCUUUAUUAUUAUUAUUAUUUCCUUCCGUAUCCAGGGAUUUAAAUAGAUUUAAGGCUUAGCAAAACCCUCUCUAUUGGAAAUUCCUUUCAAGAUCUUUAGUUUUCAACUCUACAAAGAUUAACCCUUGCCAAAGUAUUUUUCCCCCCUUUUGCUUCCUUUGUAUAAUAACAUUGUUGGAAAUAUUUCUGUUUUCUUUUGUUUUUAUACCUCGAUUAUUACCUGCAAAUCUGAGGAUAGGUUUGGGAGAAGCGACGUCUCCGUUUCCUUGAUUUUAACGUCUAUUUAGAACCGGUUAGUACUAUUUUGACUGUGAAAUGUUUUCUUUUUUGUUUAACAAGAAAAAUAUGGAGAUUUUUUUUCUGCCGAAGGGUCUUUUUUCGUGGGGGGUUUCUUUCUUUUUUUUUUUUUGGAUGCAGAAAAUCAUCUUUACAUCUCCGGAGAGUUAUAAACGCAGAAGAAUCUUCCAGGAGAAGACUGGGUUUUUGUUUUUGUUUUUUGAAAAUGAGGACAGAAGGAAAAAGAAAAAAAAAGAACAAUAAAAUAUAGAAAACAAACGAGAAAAAAAAACUUUAAAAAAGACAAAAUGAAACAAAACAAAAAAAAACCAAGCACUUUAUUAUGUACCAGGUGGACUGAUACAGCGCGAUGGGACUUUUCUCCCCUUUGUAACACCUUGUCAAUGCCAGAAUUUUUUGUAUUCUGUUUUGUAAGAAUUUAAUAAAUGCAUUGAAAAACA